AGUUUCUUCUUCUCCAAGCUGCACUCCCCGCCUCGCGUCGCGUCGCGUCGUCCCCUCUUCCUUAUAGCAGGCCACACGCGCCGCUUCCAGAACUCUAGAAUUGAUCGGUCGCUGCCCUUCGUCUCGAAUCCAUGGGUUCUAGGGUUCUCUCUCGGGCUUCGAGGGGUGGCAUCGCCCGUCUCUUCGUCUCGGCUCAUUCGCGCAGGGAGCCGCCGGUUGGUGGCUUCCAUUCCCUGAGGGAAUCCGCUGCAGGUUCCGUUAUAAAGUAUGUUCCUUUUCAGCGGAGUCAGUUGUUGAGACAAUCAAUUCUCACAAAUACGACACUCCAAAGAUUUGGGUACUCGUCAUCUGCAUCUCCUCAGCCAAAUCAAUCAGUGGAUCAUGACAAUGAUUCAGAGAAUACUUCAGAAGUUGGAAACAGAACCGAUGCUGAUGAAUUUUCUGAUGAAAAACCUGAACUUUCAUUCGAUGAACUCGUUAAGCUCGUAGCAGAAAAGGAAGAAUUACUGAAGUUGAAGCACAAAGAAAUUGAGAAAAUGCAAGAUAAAGUUCUACGCAGCUAUGCUGAAAUGGAGAAUGUCAUGGACAGAACAAAACGUGAGGCAGAAAACGCAAAGAAAUUUGCCAUUCAGAACUUCGCUAAGAGCCUUUUGGACGUCGCUGACAAUCUGGGAAGGGCUUCAUCUGUUGUCAAGGAAAGUUUCUCCAAAAUUGAUGCUUCCAAAGACACUGUUGGAGCUGUGCCGCUACUUAAAACUUUACUUGAGGGUGUUGAAAUGACAGAAAAACAGCUUUCGGAAGUCUUUAGAAAGUUUGGAGUGGAGAAAUUUGAUCCAAUAAAUGAGCAGUUUGAUCCGCACAGACAUCUUGCAGUUUUCCAAAUACCAGAUGCUUCAAAACCACCUGCCACAGUUGCAGCUGUUUUGAAGUCGGGUUAUACGCUACACGAUCGUGUGAUUCGCCCAGCCGAAGUUGGCGUAACUCAAUCUCUUACUAAUGAGCCUGCCGAGGGUUCCAACGGGCAAGCCUAGUAGUAGUCAUGCCAUGGUAUUCUUGAAGUUGGGUGUAACUUGAGCUUUGAAUAAUGAGAAAGGGACUUUAAAUGUCGAAGUGAGUUUAGGAGUCUGUGAUUUGAAUGUUGUUGUACAAUCCUCUGACCCAUAGGUUUAAUUUGAUUACACACACCGGAAUCAGUAAGCAGAAAGGGAGUUGGUGUGUUGAUCGGAUUUUGUUUUGGGAAUUAGAUCAAACUAAAUUCAAGAAGAAAUUUAUGGUGCAUUUUCUUUUCA